AUGCCAAACCUGCCCGUUCCUCGCAUCAUCUGUCUGGGAGAUUCGAUUUCCCAGUACGGGUGGAACAUUGCCGAGGGAGGGUUUGUCGGUCUCCUAGCAGAGGCCUACUCUCCUAAGGCUGACGUUAUAUGCAGGGGUCUUAGCGGGUUUACGUCUGAAAUGCUUCUCCACUACAUGUCCAACAGCAAUCUUUUGGACUCCUUAGACUGCAAGGGCCAAAGUACUUCCAUCCUAUAUGUAACGGUGUGCAUUGGUGCCAACGAUGCAUCGUCGUCUGCGCAGAAUCCCAUUCAAAGCGUACACAUUUCCAAAUACAGGAAGAACCUCGUCGAUAUUCUCAGGUUUAUACACGCAGCAGGAGUUCCAUACGAUCGCAUCAUUGUUCUGGCUCCUCCUCCGAUUGCAGACCCUGCCCAACACCCAUGCCUCCAUGAGAAAGGCAAGUCGCCGCACCUUACAGAGGAAUAUGCACAAGCAUGCCUGGAAAUUGCUAAGGAAGUCGGGGCCCGUCCUGCAGAUGUACGGCUCCUCUGGGAUAAAGCAAGCUCUAUCUGGACAGAUGGGCUCCACAUGAAUCGGAGCGGAAACAGGCUGCUUUUCCAGGCCAUAAUGGAUGCGUGUGGCACUGAUCUGCGCCCGGAGAGUAUUCCGUUCCCGUGGACACACUGGAGCCAGUAUAAGACCGCCACUAUGGAACAGAAGACUGACACUAAUCAUACUAAACGCCUCAAGUAA